CCGUCCAUUGUGCCUAACCCCAGCAGCAACAACCUUACCACAGCGACGAGCACGAGGAACAGGAGCAGUCCCUGCUGCAGCGCAACCCCUCCAGCCACUAUGGCGGUCCAUUCGAGGACCCCGCCAUGUCCACCGACUCCCUCCGUCGGUACACGCUGCACGACCCCGGCGCGACGGUCUUCGCGACGCCCCCUUAUCAAGAAUCUGAGUCGAGUGACAUCUAUGAUGCUCGAUCGACCACCGAAAAACCAGCUUCCCAGGCCGGCAGUCGCGCGGGCGCCCUCCGCCGCUUCGGAACGAGAAAGAUCAACCUGGUGCAGGGUUCCGUCCUGAGUGUCGACUACCCCGUUCCGAGUGCCAUCCAGAACGCGAUCCAGCCCCAAUACCGAGAAGCGGAGGAGGCGUUUGCGGAGGAGUUCACUCACAUGCGCUACACGGCGGCCACGUGUGAUCCUGACGAGUUCACGUUGCGGAAUGGUUACAACCUGCGGCCCGCGAUCUACAAUCGGCACACCGAACUGCUGAUCGCCAUCACAUACUAUAACGAAGACAAGGUCCUGACGGCGCGUACCCUGCACGGUGUCAUGCAGAAUAUUCGCGAUAUCGUCAACCUGAAGAAGUCCGAGUUCUGGAACAAGGGUGGACCGGCGUGGCAGAAGAUUGUGGUCUGUCUUGUCUUCGAUGGUAUCGAUCCGUGCGAUAAGAACACGCUGGAUGUGUUGGCAACGAUCGGUAUUUAUCAGGACGGAGUGAUGAAGAAGGACGUUGACGGACGGGAGACCGUCGCUCAUGUGUUCGAAUACACCACCCAACUGUCUGUCACCCCCACUCAACAACUGAUCCGUCCCCAGGGCAAUGAGUCGACCAAUUUGCCCCCCGUGCAGAUGAUCUUUUGUUUGAAGCAAAAGAACAGCAAGAAGAUCAACUCUCACCGCUGGCUGUUCAAUGCCUUCAGUCGAAUUCUCAACCCCGAGGUGGUUAUCUUGCUGGACGCUGGUACUAAGCCGGGUCACAAGUCGCUGCUCUCGCUAUGGGAGGCCUUCUACAACGAUAAGACCCUCGGUGGUUCAUGUGGUGAGAUCCAUGCCAUGUUGGGUCAGGGAUGGCGCAAAGUCCUCAAUCCCCUGGUUGCUGCUCAGAACUUUGAGUACAAGAUCUCCAAUAUUCUGGACAAACCCCUCGAGAGCGCGUUCGGUUAUGUCAGUGUCUUGCCCGGUGCCUUCUCUGCGUACCGCUACCGUGCAAUCAUGGGCCGACCGUUGGAGCAGUACUUCCACGGAGAUCACACCUUGUCCAAACGGCUUGGUAAGAAGGGUAUUGACGGCAUGAACAUCUUCAAGAAGAACAUGUUCUUGGCCGAGGAUCGUAUUCUUUGCUUCGAACUCGUGGCCAAGGCUGGUUUCAAGUGGCAUUUGAGUUACGUGAAGGCAUCUAAGGGUGAGACGGACGUUCCGGAAGGAGCGGCAGAGUUUAUCAGUCAACGUAGACGUUGGCUGAACGGUUCGUUUGCUGCUGGUCUGUAUUCGCUUAUGCACUUUGGUCGGAUCUAUCGCAGUGGUCACAGUAUCAUUCGUCUCUUCUUCUUGCACCUUCAAAUGAUCUACAACGUCAUUCAGCUCAUCAUGACCUGGUUCUCUCUCGCUUCCUACUGGUUGACUAGCUCCGUCAUCAUGGACUUGGUGGGUACACCUAGCUCUCACAACGGCAACAAGGGAUGGCCUUUUGGGGACGAAGCGUCGCCUAUCGUCAACAACUUUAUCAAAUAUGGUUACCUCUGGGUUCUCGCGCUGCAGUUCAUUCUGGCUCUGGGUAAUCGGCCGAAAGGAACUGUCGUCCCCUACACCCUCUCAUUCAUGUACUUCUCGCUGGUCCAGAUCUAUGUCCUGAUUUUGUCGUUCUACCUGGUCGUCAACGCAUUCAGCUCCGGACUGUUCAACCUCGACAUCAACGAGAGUCUCUCCGACUUCUUAAAAUCAUUCUUUAGUUCGUCAGGUGGUGGUAUCGUCUUGAUUGCGCUCGUCUCGACCUAUGGCAUCUACGUCAUUGCCAGUGUCCUCUACAUGGACCCCUGGCACAUUCUGACUAGUUCCUGGGCUUACUUCAUGGGCAUGACCACUGGUAUCAACAUUCUGAUGGUGUACGCCUUCUGCAACUGGCACGACGUUUCCUGGGGUACCAAGGGAUCUGAUAAAGCGGAAGCACUGCCGUCCGUACAAACUAAGAAGGACGAUGACGGCAAGCAGAACUUCAUUGAGGAAAUUGACAAACCGCAAGCCGAUAUCGAUAGCCAGUUCGAAUCGACGGUCAAGCGUGCGCUGGCCCCGUGGAUCGAACCCGAGGAAGAAAGUGGCAAGAGUCUGGACGACGCCUACAAGAACUUCCGUACUAUGCUGGUUUGCCUGUGGGUGUUUAGUAACUUGCUCGUGGCACUGCUGAUUACCAGCACUGGCGUUGACAAGAUGUGUUUGACCAACACCUCCACCACCCGCACGUCCUGGUACUUCGAAGUUAUCCUCUGGAUUACCGCGGGUCUCUCCUUGUUCCGCUUCCUUGGAUCGCUUUACUUCCUCGGUCGCUCUGGUAUCCUCUGCUGCGUGUCUCGUCGCUAAGUUACCUCCCGCGGGGUUUGAGGCAGUGCCUUCUGCCAGUGGUCUGUCGACACUGAUCCCAGCGUCUGAUGGGACGGCGGGGUUGUAUCAUCCUGUUUGUGUCGUGUUUUCCAGCACGUCGCCUUCCAUUGGGAUGUAUAUCAUCUGGAAUUUCAUCAAGUGUUGAUCAUUCCUUAUUUCUGUUCGAUUCUCAUGCAAUGACCAUAAUAGAGCGGUUUUUUUUGUUCUCCUAAGAGUUCUUCCAGUGAAGCACGCGGAGGUAGCUUUGGAUUGUAUCUAUUUAGAACGUUGAAUUUAGAGCUUAUGACUGAUA